UUUUGUGUGCUCCUUGAUGAACGAUAGAACAAGAAGGGGUUGGUGUAUGCUGUGGGCGGAGACAGUUUUGGGUGGAAUUUAGGAGUGAUCUGAAGAGUGAAUCCAGUGUUUCAGAUCUGCGUCACCUAAGUGAGCUACACACCUGUGAUCCAGACUGACUUUACAAGUAACAUCAUGAGUGAAUCAGCGGAGCAUGUGGCAGCUAAUCUCAAAAGCCGAAGAAAUGUUACCAUCGAAUUCAUCAACGUCACCAGCAAGUACUGCUUGAUUAACCCAAAGGUUUACCUUGAAAGCGGCCAGGUUCAUGUUCCACCCCAGCCGACUGUGCGGCCGUUCAAAACUGAAGUGUGCAACUUUUCCAAGACCAGUGCCAAAACCAGUGGUGCAGUGGGUGUUCUAACCUACGAUCUGUACCAUCAACUCAACGGCACUGCGGAGAGACUAGCCAUAAUGUUCUCUGUGCCCUAUGACUACAACCUUUACAAGAACUGGUUUGCUGUUGGGAUCUACGGCAAAGACAGAGAGUGUGAUGAGGGUUUGUACAAAGAAAUGUAUUACAGCAAAGACCAACGUAGCUUUGUCCGAGAAGAGGCUGUAGGCAGUACCAUCACAUGUCUGGGUAGGCAAGUUGAUGUCAAGGCUGCAAUGUCCCCAAUGGAAAGGGCCAUUAUGAAAGUUGAAGUGUGGGACAAGCUCUUCCGAGAAAUGGAGCAACAACAUAUGUAGGUUGUUGAGUCCAGACAGUUCCUUGUUGUCGGCAUAAUUCUACU